AUGAAAGCAAACGACGACUUUUGUUUAAAGCGAUGGAAUUUCACUUCGCACAUGAGUCUUAAGAAGGAGAAAAGAUUUUGUAAAGUUUUAUGUCGCUUGGUUGGAGGGAAAAGUCACGAUUUGGGAAAAGGGGAGUCGAAUCCCAACGCGCCAUAUUCUACGGGACGUGAUGUUACUGAGAUUCUGGAGAGAUUCUUAAUUAUUUCAGGAAAAGAAAGUAUACAACAUCCGGUGAAAUGGUGGAAUGAUUGA